CAAAAAACAAAACCAAAAAUCUUGAUAUCCAAUGAGAUUGAAGAUAUAGAUACCAUAAGAUAAGAGUAAAAUUACUAUUAAUAUGUGACAAAACUUAACCAAAGUUUCUCAUUCCAACAUUUUUCUCACAUAUCCAACCCCCUAAAAAAAACACAUUUGGUGAAACUCUUAAAUUUUUUUCCUCUCUUUUUCAAAUUCUCAACCAACCAUGUCUGCCUCUUCCACCAUGGCUCUUUCCUCCCCGGCUUUCGCCGGUAAGGCCGUCGAGCUGGCGCCCGCCGCCAACAAAAUGUCGAACGGCGGACGAGUCAACAUGAGGAAAACUGCCUCAAAGCAAGUUUCCUCAGGAAGCCCAUGGUACGGCCCAGACAGAGUUAAGUACUUGGGCCCAUUUUCAGGUGAGCCACCAAGUUACUUAACUGGUGAAUUUCCUGGUGACUAUGGUUGGGACACUGCUGGGCUUUCAGCUGACCCAGAAACUUUUGCCAAGAACCGUGAGCUUGAAGUGAUCCACAGUAGAUGGGCCAUGCUUGGAGCUUUGGGCUGUGUUUUCCCAGAGCUAUUGUCAAGAAAUGGUGUUAAGUUUGGUGAGGCUGUUUGGUUCAAGGCUGGCUCACAAAUCUUCAGUGAAGGUGGGCUUGACUAUUUGGGUAACCCAAGUUUGGUCCAUGCUCAGAGCAUCUUAGCUAUUUGGGCCACUCAAGUGAUCUUAAUGGGAGCUGUUGAGGGUUACCGUAUUGCUGGUGGGCCUCUUGGUGAGGUCACUGACCCAAUCUACCCAGGUGGUAGUUUUGACCCAUUGGGCCUUGCUGAUGACCCAGAAGCUUUUGCUGAGCUUAAAGUUAAGGAACUUAAAAAUGGUAGGUUGGCUAUGUUUUCCAUGUUUGGAUUCUUUGUUCAAGCCAUUGUUACUGGUAAAGGUCCUUUGGAAAACUUGGCUGACCACCUUGCUGACCCAGUCAACAACAAUGCUUGGUCAUAUGCUACCAACUUUGUCCCUGGAAAGUGAAGAGUUUAGGAAGAGAAAGAGAGAGAGAGAAUGAGAGAAAGAGAAGAGUUUGUAUUGUUCAUAUUGGUAAUGUUAUGGGUUUUAUCUUUUCUUUGUUUGGUGAUGAUGUAAAUGUGUUGAGAAUCAAUGAAUGAAAAAUCAUAUUGUGAA